GGAGGGAGGAGGCGCCCGCCCGGCUCCCUGCAAAGCGGCCUUAUUUAUCUGGGCACAGCCUCAGCCUCCCCGGUGGGAGGCUCAGGGCGGCGGAUCCUCUCCCACCGGGGAGCUCCGCUCUGGGCUCUGCCGAGAGGGCCCUGGCGCGGAGCGCCGGUCGCCGGGUGCAGUCGGGCCCUGCUAGCCAGUCCAGCACCUUGUCCGCCUCCGCGUUUGGCGAUUCUGGUGCUGGGCUCCCCAUGACGCGAGGUCGCCCGGCGGACAGCGUGGCAUGAGCCAGAAGCCCUGGCCGAGAACGUGCAAGGAAAAUGUCGAGCCCAGGUAUCGAUGGUGACCCCAAGCCUCCAUGCUUGCCUCGAAAUGGUCUGGUGAAGCUGCCUGGCCAACCCAACGGCCUAGGUGCAGCUAGCAUCACUAAGGGCACCCCUGCUGCCAAGAACCGCCCUUGCCAGCCACCACCCCCACCCACCCUUCCACCUCCCAGCCUGGCUACACCAUUGUCUCGGGUUGCUCUGGCAGGGGGGCCAUGCUCCCCAGCCAGUGGACCAGCCCCAGGCUCAGUGCCUGGACCCCCAGUGGAGCGGCCACCACUGGCCACAGAUGAGAAGAUCCUUAAUGGGCUCUUCUGGUAUUUCUCAGCAUGUGAGAAGUGCAUACUAGCCCAGGUGUGCAAGGCUUGGCGGCGUGUGCUCUACCAGCCCAAGUUCUGGGCAGGCCUCACACCUGUGCUGCAUGCUAAGGAGCUGUACAACGUGCUGCCUGGAGGCGAGAAGGAGUUUGUGAAUCUACAGGGCUUCGCUGCUAGAGGCUUUGAGGGCUUCUGCCUAGUUGGUGUCUCUGACUUAGACAUCUGUGAGUUCAUCGACAACUACGCACUCUCUAAGAAGGGAGUCAAGGCUAUGAGCCUCAAACGCUCCACCAUCACUGACGCUGGCCUAGAGGUGAUGUUGGAGCAGAUGCAGGGAGUGGUGCGCCUGGAGCUGUCAGGCUGUAACGAUUUCACUGAGGCUGGCCUGUGGUCCAGCCUCAGUGCACGGAUCACCUCACUGAGUGUCAGUGACUGCAUCAAUGUGGCGGAUGAUGCCAUUGCUGCCAUCUCGCAACUUCUACCCAACCUGGCAGAGCUAAGCCUUCAGGCCUACCACGUGACUGACACUGCACUGGCCUACUUCACAGCACGCCAGGGCCACAGCACCCACACACUGCGCCUGCUCUCUUGCUGGGAGAUAACCAACCAUGGGGUGGUCAAUGUGGUGCAUAGUCUGCCCAACCUCACCUCACUCAGCCUCUCAGGCUGCUCUAAGGUCACUGACGAUGGAGUGGAGCUUGUAGCUGAGAACCUGAGAAAGUUGCGCAGCCUUGACCUCUCCUGGUGCCCUCGGAUCACUGACAUGGCACUAGAAUACGUGGCCUGUGACCUGCACCGCCUGGAGGAGCUCGUGCUGGACAGGUGUGUACGCAUCACGGACACUGGCCUCAGCUAUUUGUCCACCAUGUCGUCCCUCCGCAGCCUCUACCUUCGAUGGUGCUGCCAGGUGCAGGACUUCGGGUUGAAGCACCUGUUAGCCAUGAGGAGUUUGCGACUCUUGUCUCUAGCAGGCUGCCCGCUCCUGACCACCACGGGGCUAUCGGGCCUCGUGCAGCUGCAAGAGCUGGAGGAGCUGGAGCUGACCAACUGCCCUGGAGCCACACCGGAGCUCUUCAAGUACUUCUCGCAGCACCUGCCACGCUGCCUCGUCAUUGAAUAGCGCGGGCUUCUGCACCGGACACGGGAACCCGCCACGCCCUGGGCAGUAGCCCCUCUUCCAUUCCUGCCGGAGCACCACUUCUCAGCCCUGCGCUGGAUACGGGGCAAGCUGAGGGAAACCCCGCCCCGUGCCUCCUUUGCUCCUCUGCUUCACUGCUCCAUCCCCGCCUGGGGCAAGAGGCAGAGGGGCCAGCCCCACGCACGCACGCACACUCGGGGACUUUGUGCAUGCCCCUCGUGCCCGCACUGCACGCCCGCCCUCCACCAUGCCACAGCCGCCGCCAUCUCUCGCCCACCUUCUGGGGGGGGGGAGGACUAGGUCCUUUGGGAAUGCUUUGAGUGCAGAAGCCCUCACUGCCUUCCCCCACUUCAUUCUGCUCUCUGCCUCCCCCGUGCUGUCCCCCAUCCCGGGCAGGGCCCAAGGGGAUGGAGGGAUUGGUCCCCCAGGACUCAGGGGCCUGGAAGAGCCCCCAAGGGCCUCCCACACCUUCCACUACUCCCUGCCUGGAGCCCUCCAAGGGUAUAAGGCGUCACAGGCCACUGCCAAAGCCAUGGCCCCCUGAGGAGCCCAACUCCCCCAUGCCCACCUGACCCAGUGGCACCCCCUUCUUCCUUGUUGCCAUAUGGGUCAGUUCUUGUCCUCUGUGCCCCCAUCUCCUCCUCCCCCCCUGGCCCUCAGAUCCUUGGGCCCUGGCCAGGCUGGGACAGCUUUAGGAGGAUGCAGACCUUGGAAUAAUCAAUAUCAGCCUAACUGGUGCCCAUCCACCCAAGUGCAAGGGUGGAAUAGGCACCCAACAGACCCCAACCUGGAGCCACCCACAAGGCUGCCAGGCCUUGGGAGCAGCCCACCCACUCCAGCCUCUACCCCAGCUGAGCUCAGGCCUCUCAGCACUGUCUUUCACCCUGGAUAGGUCUCCUCAGGUGGAAUCUGCAGAGGGCCUGGCCAAGGGUCAGGGUCAGCACUGAUGUCGUUCUGAACUCCCAGUGGCCAGCACACCCUUCACACCCCAAGGAAGGAGGGCUCCUUUCUAGUCCUCCUUGGCCUCUCCCAGCUUCCAAAACCUCUGCCUGUACAAAUGGGCUGUGACCAGGUUUUGUUAGGUCCCAAGACAUUUGGAAAUCCUAGGGGACUGGGCAUAUGUUUGGCAGUGCUGAGGAAGGGACUGGGAACCCCUUCCCUCCCAACCUUGAGCCCCAGGAGACACAGCACCCAUAAUCAAUCUUGGGACAUCCCUAUCUGGUUGGAAGAGAGUAACUAAUUCCCAGAGAGCCAGAGGGAGAGAGAGAGAGAGAGGGAGAGAGAGAGAGAGAGAGAGAGAGAGAGAGAGAGAGAGAGAGAGAUGCUGUUGACAAAAAAAAAAAAAAGAGUUCAACAGCCCAAAGAGUUCCCUGCCCCUGAAGUGUUGGCCAGGAAGGCUCCAGGCUGAAGUGGUCAGGAGCCAGAUUCUUCAGCCCUUCUUCCCACAGUCCCACAACAGGGAGGGGGAAGCUGUCAAUUUGCCCAAAGUAUUAAUGCAACUGAAGCUGUGAUAUUUCCAAUGACUGUAGGAGGAAAAUUUAAGGGGAGAAAGGAACACAAACAAAAUCAACCAACCCCUAAAGUCAUUUUCUUAUUGUACAUAACGACCUCAUUCUCCUGUAUAUGCGGAAGAUAUAACCUUAUAUUUGGUAAGUGUUUCUUGUGCUAUUUUAUCACGUGACCUGUUUAUAAAAAUAUAUAUUAAAAAAGUUGUAAAAACCCGA